AUGUCAUCAUUAUCUUCCAUUAUUGAAACCUUCAAAGUUUAUUCUGAGAAACACAAGAAAUUCACAGAUGCUGAUCUAUGUAAGCUUUUAUGUAACUAUUAUACUUCAUCAGAUGUUGUUAAUCAUUAUCAACAAGCUAUCAGACAACUUGAUACAGAACCGUUAAAUGAAAGUUAUCAAUGGUUAUUAUUUACCGGUUUUCGUUCACUUACUAGUUCGUUUUUCUAUACUGAUGAACUUCGCGACAAACUUUGUCAGUUUUGGUUACCAAAAUAUGAAUAUAUGCUUAAAGAAUUAUUACCACAUCCAGCUAAUGAUAUACAAGAUAAAUAUCCUAAUCAUUUACGACUAAAUGCAAUUAAAUAUUUAAUUACAAAUAUGAUUACUAACCAACGAACAAUAGAAAGUUCAAUUCAUCUUCUUAAAACAUAUGGACAAUUUCAAAAUUUUUCACAAAAGGAUCAAUAUUUAUCGAUUAUUAAACUAAUUUCAUCAUUGUUAAUCAAUGAACAUUUUCUUGAAGGUGUCAAAAAUGAUGAUUAUACAAACAUUAAAUUUAAAUGGAAUGGAAAUGAUCCUUCAAAUACAAUAAAUGUUAAACCUACAAUCGUUUUAUGGAUUAUAUUAAAAUUGAUUAUUCAUUUUAUUAAGACAGAUGAAAAUUGUUUAAUAGAUAUUAAAUAUAAUACAAAUAUCAAAGAAAUAUUAUUAAAAUCAAUGAGACAAAUUGAAGAUAAUCAUCCAAUAAAAACUUCUGCUUAUGCUGUUUUAACUUUGUUAAUCAAUGAAAAUGAUAUUAAAAACGAAAUUAAUAAUCCAAAUCAAAUAAUUUCGGUAUUAGUUGAUAAUGUUGAUCAAUCUUCUCGAUUUUUAUGUAAUGGAGUAUAUAUUAUAGAUCUUAUGAUAGCAUUAAAAGCAUUUUUACAACAUGAUCAAGUCCAAAAUGGAUUCAUUGAAAACGAGUAUUUAGGAGCAUUAAUGGAUAAUGCAAGUGGAAUUUUAGAAUUUCCACACCCUCUUAAUCCGUUCAUCGAUUUUGAAGCUGAAGUAAAACUUCAACUACAAAUAGAUUCAGAAUAUCAACAAGAACUAGAAGCUGACCCAAAAAUUUCAGAAAUAUAUACACAAAUUAAAGAAAAUUUCAAAAUUGAUGCACAAGAAUUUACAAAACACAUAGGAUUAUUGGCAUUAGAAUGUCUUUUUCUAAUGUCAUUUAAUAAGAAAGCAUCCGAAAUAAUAAAGAAACGUGAAGAUUUUAUGUCUGAAAUUCGAAAAUUUGCUAAUGAUAAUAAUUUGAUAAAAACCAAUGGACGUUUGAAAAAAGUAAUAGAUGGUUUAUUAUGGAAAUUAGAAAAUGAAGAUAAAUUUAAAAAACAACAAAAAACAACAGCGAUCAAAAAAGAUAAUGAGUUUGAUUUGAUGAUUAGUUACAGUUGGCAUGACAAAUCAUUAAUACAUGACAUUUAUAAAUAUUUAACACAACAAUUUAAUUAUCGAGUAUGGUUGGAUGAAAAUCAAAUGACUGGUUCCCUAUGUCAAGCAAUGGCAAAGGCAGUAGAAAAAUCGAAAAUCAUUCUUAUGUUUGAACGUGAUGGUUGGCUUGGAUUUAUAUCUGCUGGAAAAAUCGAUAUUGACUUUAUAAAAAAUGACUUUCAAGAAGCUAUUCAUUUAUUAAAAGUUGAAAUUGAACGAUAUGAAUACAAUGAAGAAAAAAAUAUUCCAAAGAUUAAAACAAAUGAAAUAAAUUCGUCUGUUGCUGUUCCUAUACCAGAAACAACGAAAUUACUUGUUCGUCCAGCUGUCAUAUCUAAAGACUAUAAAAAAAUUGCUCUAGAAUUAUGGUCUGAACAACAUGUUCAAGAUUUUCUUUAUGAUAAUAAAUUAGAUAUGAUGAUUUUAUUAACGGAAAAUAUGAAUGGUGAACAACUUUAUUUAUUAUUAGAAAAAUGUCUGCGAGACCAAGAUUGUUGGACUACGUUUGAUCAUCUCAAUAGAGAACUACAAGAAAGACACAAAGAGACACUUCAAAUAUCACUUUACCUAAGAUUUAUCAAUCUGACACAGAAAUAUAUGAAUAGAUCAUCAUUUUAA